GAUGUUGGUCAAUACCGGCUUCCUGGCCGGUCCUUUUGCCUUGGGCUUUAAACCCAAGAAGUGAACAAACCAAAGCCAAGUCCCAUUCCUCAUGUUCUUUCUGCGCACGUCUCGUCAAUGCAUAUAAAUUCUGUGCGGUUCUGUCGUUGGUUUCAUGUCUAUGCAUUACAUGCAUUGGUAACUCCUGUUCCUGUUGAACCAACUAUCGGCUGAUUUUCAGGUUCCUGAAGUAAAAGUCUUGGGGCAGAGCCAGCUGUUCCUCAGAUUAGCAUCUCGCUAGUCCACCAAUGGCUUGGUCUAGGAUGGCGAGGAGCUCCCAGCUGUCGCGUUCCAUCUCGCGAAUGGCCUCCGGGAGCGGCGCGCCCACUCCGGCGUCCUCCGCGCUGCGCAAUGCCGAGGCGGCGAAUGCGCACCGCGGCGCCGCGCACUCGUUCCACAGCCUCGCGCUCGUCGGCCUCUCCGACAAGUGCGGCGCCGGCCAUCUCCUCCACCCGAACAGAGGCAUCAGCACGACGCCUCCGACGCUUCACCCCGCGGGGGCCGCGGCGGCGGCGGAGCCCGUGGAGUGCUCCGACGCCGAGGACCACAGCGCGGCGGUGCCGGACCUGGGCCCGACGAAGCCCGGCGAGAAGCCCCGCGUGGUGGUCCUGGGCACGGGCUGGGCGGCGUUCCGGUUCCUCAAGGACGUGGACACCUCCGCCUACGACGUGGUGUGCGUGUCCCCGAGGAACCACAUGGUGUUCACCCCGCUGCUGGCGUCGACGUGCGUGGGCACGCUCGAGUUCCGGUCCGUGGUGGAGCCCGUGAGCCGGAUCCAGUCGGCGCUCGCCACGCGCCCCGGGUCCUUCUUCUUCCUCGCCAACUGCACCGGCGUCGACACGCGGAGGCACGAGGUGCACUGCACGGUGGCCAGCGACGAGGCCGCCGUCGGGACGCUGCCGAGGAACCCGUACCGCUUCAGGGUGGCCUACGACAAGCUGGUGAUCGCCAGCGGCGCCGAGCCGCUCACGUUCAACAUCAAGGGCGUGGAGGAGAACGCCGUGUUCCUCCGCGAGGUGAGCCACGCGCAGGAGAUCAGGCGCAAGCUCCUCACCAACCUCAUGCUCUCGGAGAAUCCAGGCUUGUCGGAGGAAGAGAAGAAGCGGCUCCUUCACUGCGUGGUGGUCGGCGGAGGCCCCACCGGAGUGGAGUUCAGCGGCGAGCUCAGCGACUUCAUCACCCGCGACGUGCGGGAGCGGUACGCGCAUGUCAAGGACUACGUCAAGGUCACCCUCAUCGAGGCGAACGAGAUCUUGUCGUCGUUCGACAUCGGGCUGCGGCAAUACGCCACGAACCACCUCUCCAAGUACGGGGUGAAGCUGGUGAGGGGCGUGGUGAAGGAAGUGGAGCCGACCAAGAUCGUGCUGAGCGACGGCACCAGCGUGCCCUACGGGCUGCUGGUCUGGUCCACGGGGGUUGGUCCCUCGGAGUUCGUCAAGUCCCUGGACCUCCCGAAGUCCCCGGGCGGGAGGAUCGGCGUGGACGAGUGGCUCCGCGUGCCGUCGGCGGACGACGUGUACGCGCUGGGCGACUGCGCGGGGUUCCUGGAGCGCACGGGCAAGCCGGUGCUCCCGGCGCUAGCGCAGGUGGCGGAGCGGGAGGGCAAGUACCUGGCGGCGCUGCUCAAGCGAGUGGCGGCGCAGAACGGCGGCAAGGCGCACUGCUGCGGGAAGAAGACGGACCUCGGGGAGCCGUUCGUGUACAAGCACCUCGGGAGCAUGGCGUCCGUGGGGCGGUACAAGGCGCUGGUGGACCUGAGGGAGAACAAGGACGCCAAGGGGGUGUCCAUGGCCGGAUUCGUCAGCUGGCUCGUCUGGCGCUCCGCGUACCUCACCAGGGUCGUCAGCUGGAGGAACAGGUUCUACGUGGCAGUCAACUGGGCGACGACGCUCGUCUUUGGCAGGGACAACACCAGGAUUGGCUGAAGACGUACGUGCCUGCGGCGCUGGGCUUGGCUGGCUCUGUUCCUCUGAAUAACAUGCGGGGAUAAGAGACUUCGGCCGUAAAUUUUGUUUGAGGAUUUUCUUUGUGUUCUUCCAUAUAAUGUUCACGAUUCGAUUUAUUACAGCAGGUUUUUUUUAGCUAAUACAACCCCAUUUUACUCUGUUCUGUUAGUAUUGACUCCAAUUUUACUCUGUUCUAGUAUUAACUCCCAUUUUAUUCUGUUU